GAAUUAUUGUGACGGAAGGCUCAAGUUUGAAUCAGCCUGAACCAAAGCCACGGAGGAAGGGAAAGAGAGUGGUGAAAGAGGGAGGACCACGCAACGCAAAUUCGUAAACCCUAAUAACCUCUCUCUUUCUCUUCUUCUUCAAAAUUUUUAGUAACUUUUUUUAUUGAUCGAUUGAGAAUUGGGGAAAAAGUUGAGGAAAUGAGCAGCCAAGCGGUGCCUCCUCCGCCUGCAUCCCGCAGGAAUUCUAAUAAAAGAGGACCCUCUGCCCCUAAGAAGUCUCACAGCUCCGAUAAUGCUAAGCCCACUUCUCCAUCUUCCGUUGGUGGUGAGAGGACGGUGAAGAAGCUUAGGUUGUCCAAGGCCCUCACCAUCCCCGAGGGGACCACUGUGUCUGAGGCUUGUAGGCGGAUGGCAGCUCGUCGUGUGGACGCUGUGUUGCUCACGGAUGCCAAUGCCUUGCUCUCUGGGAUCAUUACUGACAAGGACAUUGCCACUAGAGUAAUAGCAGAAGGGUUGAGGCCUGAGCAGACAGUUGUAUCUAAGAUCAUGACGCGUAGUCCAAUUUUUGUUACCGCAGACUCUUUAGCCAUUGAAGCUCUUCAGAAGAUGGUUCAAGGAAAAUUCAGACAUCUUCCUGUUGUGGAAAAUGGAGAAGUCAUUGCCUUGCUGGAUAUCACAAAAUGCCUUUAUGAUGCUAUCUCUAGAAUGGAGAAAGCUGCUGAGCAAGGAAGUGCAAUUGCUGCAGCAGUGGAAGGGGUUGAACGCCAGUGGGGAAGCAAUUUAUCUGCUCCAUAUGCCUUCAUUGAAACUUUGAGGGAGCGGAUGUUCAAGCCAUCCUUGUCAACUAUCAUUGCUGAAAAUUCAAAGGUUCCAAUUGUAUCAUCAUCGGAUCCCGUCUAUGUUGCUGCAAAAAAGAUGAGGGAGUUGCGGGUUAAUUCAGUUGUUAUAGUGACAGGGAACAAAAUUCAGGGGAUACUAACUUCAAAGGAUAUCCUUAUGCGAGUUGUGGCACAAAAUCUAUCUCCUGAGCUAACUCUGGUGGAAAAGGUGAUGACACCAAACCCUGAAUGUGCGACAAUAGAAACAACAAUCCUUGAUGCACUGCAUAUAAUGCAUGAUGGGAAGUUUUUACAUCUUCCUGUUCUAGACAGAGAUGGAACUGUUGCUGCAUGUGUAGAUGUUUUGCAGAUCACUCAUGCAGCGAUUUCUAUGGUUGAAAAUAGCUCUGGAGCUGUUAAUGAAAUGGCAAACACAAUGAUGCAAAAAUUCUGGGACUCCGCCCUUGCUCUAGAGCCGCCAGAUGAUUAUGACACACAGAGUGAAAUGUCUGCAAUCAUGGCAUCAGAUGGUGGAGAUGCUGGAAAGCUAUCAUCUUAUCCUUCCCUGGGCCUUGGAAACUCAUUUGCUUUUAAGUUUGAGGAUCUUAAGGGUCGUGUACAUCGAUUCAAUUGUGGUACCGAAAAUUUAGAUGAGCUUUUAUCGGCUAUUAUGCCAAGAAUUGCUUCCAGUAAUGAUCAUGGGCGUCCUCAGCUUUUGUAUGAAGAUGAUGAAGGUGAUAAGGUUUUACUCACCACUGAUAGUGAUCUUAUUGGUGCUGUUAACCAUGCUAGAUCACGAGGACUGAAGGUUUUAAGAUUGCAUCUGGAUUUUGCUGAUCAUGAUCAGCAGAAAAUAUCAGAGUCAAGUAUAACUUCCAAGAGAACUGGAUGGGUCUCUUUGCACUCUGGCUUAAUGGCAGGUGCAGUUGUCAUAACUGGCAUCAGUGUGCUUGUCUACUUAAAGCGCUCAAACGCGUGAGCAUUUGAAGGUUAGGAAGGAAACAGGAAGUUUUGACACUAAGUUCAAAUCACCAGUUGAGCUGGAGACGAGAGAAGAACGAGCAGAGAAACGGUUGGAGCUGCUGUUGAUGUCCGGUGGCAGGUGUGAUACUCAUACUUCUUUUGAGUACAGUACUCACAGAAGUCAAUUUUGUUCCCCAUGUAACUUACAAUCUAUUCCUCCAACAUGUCCACAUAAGGGUAAACAACAAUUGUAUGUAAAUAUUGGGUAAAACUACUUUGUAUAAGUCAAGGAAGCCACUGCUUUUACUCAGUAAGCUUAUCCUUCUGAACAUUUAAUAAUCUAUGAAGACUUGCUGCAGGUUUUCCUCCCUUUUUCGGAGGGUGA